GUUUCUACAAAUUUCCUUCCUCACAAAAUCGGCAAAACCAAACAAAACACAAUGAAUUUCUCGACACGGGCGCUCCUGAGCACACGCACACGCGUGGGGGUUUUGCGCAAGCAGGCGGUGACCAAGGCGAUGAAGCAGAAUAUGGACGGGCGGCCGACGCACAAUUCGGCGGAUCCGCGGUACGACCUCAUGAAGAAGGUGCUGUUCACGGACUCGCCGCGGGCGCUGCCGGAAAUGAGCAGCGAGGACAUGGAGCGGCAUGCGACGAUUCUGCGGGCGGACAAGAUCCACCGCAUGGAGGCGAGCCGGAACCGGCGGGAGGAGCGGGAGCGCAAGUUCCAGGCAAUGGAGGCAGCGUACCAGCGGCUGGAGGCAGCAGACAUGCGGCUGUUUGAGGGCGCGUGUGUGCGCGAGGCCAACACGACAUUCCCGCGGCAGAUGCGGGUGCCGACCGAGACACCGGGCAACAGGAUCUGGGAGUAUCUGUAGAACAAGUAGAUUUUUUCUUUCAGAAGCAGUGGUUGAACAAGUUAUCAUAAGCGGCGGAUGC